AUGUCAAAUAAUCAAAAUAUCUAUAAGAAACCCAAAUGGACAGGUCGAUCAACUGUCGGAUUAGGACAUACUCAAAGUAUCAUUGAUCUUCGUCGCACAUUCUUUUCUCAAUUAUCGCAUGCGCAAAGUCGGGAUGAGAGUAAAGACGAUUCUCGUGUUGUCCUCAACAUCAGUGGACUGCGAUUUGAAACACUAGAUUCGACACUUCAACACUAUCCACAGACGUUGCUUGGUGAUCAUCGUCGUCGAGCAUUAUUCUACCAUAAACGCCAGGAUGAAUACUUUUUUGAUCGACAUCGGUUAUGUUUCGAAGCGAUUUUGUACUAUUAUCAAUCACACGGACGUCUUCGUCGACCCGAAAAUGUUCCGUUAGAUACGUUUUUGGAGGAAAUAAUUUUCUUCGAUCUGGGCCCACAAGCGCUCGAGCAAGUUCAACAAGCUGAAAAUUUAGAAGAAGCACAAAUCAUUCAUUUACCGAAAAAUCGUCUCCGUCGUUUUCUUUGGACGACAUUAGAAUACCCGCAAUAUUCGUUUUUAGCCAAGAUUAUCAAUAUUAUUUCUUUAUUUUUCAUUCUUUUAUCAGCCGUAGGUCUAGCCGUUGAAACAUUACCCGUUUAUCAUCGUACAACAACUGAUCAAUGUCAAUAUGAAGCGGAUGGAUUUUCGGUGAAUACGAAUGGAACAUUAAAAGGUUAUCAAUGUCAACAUAUAUUUACUUCUCCAUUUUAUAUAAUUCAAGCGAUUUGCAUUGGUUUUUUUACACUGGAGUUUCUUCUUCGUCUGGUGUCCUGUCCAUCGUACUUGCAAUUUCUGAAAUCCAUUCUUAAUUGGAUCGAUAUCCUAGCGAUUGUUCCGUUCUAUAUUCGUUUAAUCAUUAUUCUUGUUCGACUUCAUUAUAAAACUGAUUCGAAUGUUUAUCUUGUUUUACGCCUGCUUCGUAUGAUACGUUUUAUUCGCAUAUUCAAACUUUACCGUGUUUUCAAAAGUAGCAAAUCAUUGCGUAUACUUGCGACGGAUUCCUAUUUGGCAACUUACUAUGGAAUCAUGACAAUAACAGCUGUUGGGUAUGGGGAUCUGUCUCCAGUGACACCGUUAGGGCGUGCAUUGGCAUCAUUGUGUGCGAUUUUCGGUAUAUCUGUCGUGUCGAUGUUGGUGUCUGUACUUGCUGAAAAGUAUCAACGAGUUUAUACGCGAAAAUUGUUCUUGAACGAGAAGUAUUCGGAUAAUCCAGUUUUCGAAGAUGAUGAAGAUCAGACGCGUUCGUUGUCUUUAUCGAAAACGGAUUAUUAUUAUCAGAAUUCAGCAGCGGAUAAUGGAAAAUCAACAGAAACAAAUGAAACUAUGGACGAAGGUUUGACAUUCAAAGGAAUACCAGAAGAAAGAAAAGGUUCGGACGAUUCAAGUAAAAAAAUUCAAUUCGUUAUUGGUUUCAUUGCCAAUGACUCCGUGGACGAGAAAGAAGUGAUGAUGACUGAGAUCAUCAAGGAUCUCCUUCAAACGAAACUUGGAAAACAAUGUUUGAUAACUCGAACAGACGUUGUGAUGGAGAAUACAAUGUGA